UAGCAAAUAACAAAACAUAGGACAAAGGAUACUUUGUUUCAACUUUGGCUGCACAACAGGGACGUUCACGAAUCAGCCCACGCCUCCACAACAGCAAUGACUGGCAUCUUGAAUCUUACGGGCUUAGAAUGCAGUCCUAUCCAUGGAACUGCGACAGAUGAAGCUGGCGGGCGUGUGAUUACUGACUAACAGGAAGGAGCAGAAUGAGUCAGAAGAAAAAAGCGAUUUCACAGACGUUUUCGAAAUGCCGUGUAAACUGCUAAAUGUUUGUGUGUAUGAAACAAAUAAAUUGGUCCGAAUACAAAGUGUAAGGCUGGGAUCUCUGAAAUGGACUUUUAACGGAGUCAUACUGUUGUUUAUCUGCAUUAUGUUGCUCUGGAACAAGGAGUACCAAGAGCAUGAUUAUGUGGUCAGCUCUGUUACUGCAAAGGUCAAGGGAGUGGCCAUGACCAGCUUGCCAGAGCUUGGUGAAAUAGUAUGGGAUGUUGUGGAUUACAGUGGGCCAUCACAGGGAAAGAAUUCUUUUUUCGUUGUGACCAAUGUAAUAGUUACCAAAAAUCAGAGGAAAGGCACAUGCCCUGAGGUCCCUCAGAAUGGAAUAAUCUGUCAAAAAGAUAAGGACUGCAUAAAGGGGUUCUGGGAUCAGCACAGUCACGGGGUUCAGACGGGAGCGUGUGUUAAGUUUGAUGUGAUACGGAAAACAUGUGAGGUGUCUGCAUGGUGCCCCUUAGAGAGCAAGAAAAAGCCUCCUAGGCCAGCUCUCUUGCCAUCGGCUGAGAACUUCACAGUCCUCAUCAAGAACAACAUAAGAUUUCCAAACUUUAACAUCAUUAGAAGGAACAUCCUCCCUGAGAUGACGGACAGCUACCUGAAGCACUGCCAGUUUAACAGCCGUACAGAUCCACGGUGCCCCAUCUUCCGCCUUGGCAACAUUGUACAGGAGGCCCGAGAGAACUUCUCAGAGAUGGCAGUGGAGGGUGGUGUCAUUGGGAUCCAAAUUAGUUGGGAUUGUAACCUGGAUGGGUUCUUACGGAACUGUCUUCCCAAAUACUCCUUCCGCCGGCUGGAUGAGAAGGAGAGCAACAGAACUCUAUACCCUGGUCUGAACUUCAGGUUUGCCAGAUAUCAAACAGUGAAUGGUGUUGAGGAAAGAACCCUGUUUAAAGCUUUUGGAAUCAGGUUUGAUGUCAUGGUGUUUGGAACGGCAGGAAAAUUCAGCAUAAUUCAACUGAUUAUCUAUAUCGGAUCUACUCUCUCUUAUUAUGCACUGACCACUUUAUUUAUUGACUGGCUAAUUGGAACCAGCUGCUACUCUAAAGAAGCCAGACAAAACUACACAGACAAGAAGGUUGAAUCUGUUCAGGACAAACAGCAGUGCAUUCUCUGUGUCUCGUUUGUGGAUGAGAACCAUAUAGCAUUGGUGAAAAGAUCCCAGAAGAGAAGUUUACAGCAAGCAAAGCCCAUCUCUGUUCACCCAUGGAAGGAAGACACAGGCCACCUGCAUGCCAUGGUUGGUGUACGGCAGAAGGAUCGCAUCAUAGACCAGCAGCCUCAGGUUCUCCCCAGACGUAGCCAUCCAGACUGGUGUCUCUGUGGCUGCUGCCUCCCCUCCAACCAACCCCAGGAGCAGUUGUGCUGCAGGCGGAGCAUCGGUCGCUGCAUCACCACCUCCUCCCAGUUCGGACAGCUGGUGCUGAGUCGGCCCGUGUUGGAGGCUGUGCUGCUGUACAGGGAGCCUCUCUUUGAGCUGACCGAGGGAGAGGAGCAGACAGCCGCUCUUCGUCACUGCGCCUACAGGCAGUACAUCAGCUGGAGAUUCGGGGUUCCGCCCAAAGAAUGCCUCCCUGUCAUGCCAAGUUGUAGUGUGUGGAGAAUCAGAGAGUUUUUCCCCAGCAAGGAGGGAGACUACACUGGCUUGAGGAUCAGCAGAACCCGCUCUCCCCUGUCCAGCUCUAACACACCACUUUAGGGAAGUGGAAGAGCCAUCAGAAUUUUGUGGCGACUGUCACGCAUUUUUUAUGGUGUAUUGAUAAAAAAAUUCUUUCAGCAUUGAGGUUAAAAUGUGCAACCUAAACAUAAUCGUUGCCUGCUAAUGUCAUGUCUAACCAUCGCACUGUCCAGACAUAACUUACAAUGAACAAAGAACUAACAAGAUUUCAACUCAGACCCUGGAUUAAAACUGGAGUUGGGAAUUCUUUCCUCUUUUCUUUGAUUGUCUGUUUACAUGUACCUAUUUCUGUAAUUUUUAUAUUUGGAAUAAAUCAUGUGUAACAAAAAACUAAA